AAAAAAAAACAGAGUUGAAGAGGAAACAAUGAAAAGGUUAUAAAAGAAGUCAAAAUUAGGCAUGAAGAAAAAGUAAUUAGAGAAAAAAAAUCAAAACUAGAAAACACAGUCCUGCAAGAAAAUGUUUCAAUGACGAAUCUUGUGAUAGUGAACGUAGGGAAAUUCUUUUGCAAGACGAGUCUGAUUGUAAAGAUAUACCUAUAGAUCAAAUUUUGAUUUCCACAUCAGAGUUUGAAGAAAAUGUAUAUUUGGAAAAUAAUGAUACAGUAAUUCAAAUAAAUGAUUUUGUGCUAGUUUCUUUUGCAGGAAAGAAGUACAAAGUCCUAUUUGUAGGGCAAGUAGAAGACCAAGAAGAAAACAAUUACAAAGUGCAAAGGAAUGAAGACUCGUAGAAAUUUUAUUUCCCCGAAAAAGAUGAUAUUACAUUGUUGACAGAAGUGACAUUAUGAUGAAACUCCCGCAGCCAACCAUGUGUGGAGGAACAUCUCGAGCCAUUUCUUCUAUGGCAUUUGCUGUAAACUUACCUUCAGUUAACAAGAAAAUAAUGUAAACCAUAAAUGUUAUUCUUUAAGUGAAUAAGAUGAUUUAACCAUAUCUAUUUAUUUAUAUAUUUUUUUGUUGCAUUUGUAUAUUGUUAUACAUAUAUUAGCUUAUUUGACUUAUUCCAAUAAAUGUUUUAUUGAUUUGAAAGUAAAAACAAAUAUUAUUUAUUUGUUGAAAGGUACCCCACCACCUGUUGAAAUGUGCCCCAUGGUAGGGGUACAAUUCAACAAAGUAAGUGUGUAUGAUCAGCCAUGGUGAAAGCUAGACGUUUCAUUUUCGCCAAACACUUUGUCGGUGAGCCGAAGGAGGAUGAUUUCAGGUUGGCUGAAGAAGAAUUACGACCUCUUAAAGAUGGCGAGAUACUGGUCGAAGCAGUCUGGCUGAGCGUCGACCCCUACAUGAGGGCAUAUACAGUAAAACGUCCUGUUGGAACAACUAUGUUCGGGUCUCAGGUUGCAAGAAUCGUGGACAGUCGGAGCAAGGCCUACCCCGUGGGGAAGCUGGUGGUGGGGCACUGGGGCUGGCUGGAUAAGUCCAUCGUUGAUGUGGAGAAGCAGGACUUUACGGGCUUGCCCAAACCGUACAUCAUUCCGGACUUCCAAGGCCACCCAGAGUCCCUCGCGCUGGGGAUCCUAGGCAUGCCAGGGAACACGGCGUACUUCGGCUUUCUGGAGAUCUGCCGGCCGCGGGCGGGGGAGGUGGUGGUGGUGACCGGCGCGGCGGGGGCUGUGGGCAGCGUGGUCGGCCAGAUCGCCAAGAUCAAAGGUUGUAAAGUGAUAGGCUUCGCGGGAAGCGACGAGAAGGUGAAGUGGCUGACAUCCGAACUGGGUUUUGAUAACGCGUUCAACUACAAGACUGAAGACAUCGCAGGCGUCCUGAAGACUGCUGCACCGAACGGCGUUGACUGUUACUUCGACAACGUUGGAGGAAAAAUCAGCAGCAUCAUAAUCAACCACAUGAACGAGUUUGGAAGGAUUUCUGUCUGCGGCUCCAUUUCCUCGUACAAUGCAGAUGUUUCGAAGAUGCCUGAAGCCACGAUCCUGCAGCCAGCCUUCGCCUCCAAGCAGCUGAAGAUGGAAGGGUUCCUGGUGACGCGCUGGUCGGAUCGGUGGAUGGAAGGCAUCAACCAGCUGCUCAAGUGGAUCGUAGAGGGCAAGCUGAAGUACCACGAAACUGUGACGGAGGGUUUCCAGAACAUGCCCAAGGCCCUCAUCAAGAUGCUGCGAGGGCAGAACGUCGGCAAGGCGGUGGUGAGAGCGUGAGAGGAACACGACCAGCGACGGUACUCAGUCUGUGCCCUCAGUCCUGCUGUUCAGUCGCGAUCGCGCUAGAUGGGAAGUUGGGUGUGGUAAAUGAUAAUAAUACUAUAGACCACUAUUUUUUAUAUAUAUAAUUAUUGUUGUCAAUAUUUAACAUUUUUGUAAGUGUUAGCUAAUAAAUUUUUUCACACUAAAAA